AUGUCACAAACACUUACUCAGCCCUCCUCAGAAAUAAAAAAGCCGGGAGAGAGCGUGAAGAUGUCCUGUGUAGGAUCUGGGUAUACAUAUACCAGCUACUAUAUAAACUGGGUUCAACAGGUUCCAGGGAGAGGACUGACAUGGAUUGGGUGGAUUUAUCCUGGUAGUGGGGGUACAGCGUAUUCCUCUUCAUAUCAGGGAAGAUUCACAAUGACAUCUGAUAACUCCAUAAACACAGCAUAUCUACAAAUAAACAAUCUGAAAGUAGAAGACACGGCCACAUAUUACUGUGCUAGAGACACAGCGAUCCAAGGAUGA